CGCAGAGUAAAAACGUGGGCAAUUCCUUCCACUAUAAAAUAGGAGUACGUCAUCAGGAGACGUGGGAAGCUCUAAAAUUAGAGCUUUUAUUAUAAUCAAUCCAAAAAAGCAUGUAGCCAUUCUUUCCAAGAAGUCAUGAUGAACGUGUUUCGCGAGACCAUUAAUCCGAGUGGUAGACUCUUAUUUUUUAUCAUUACUUAUAUUCUUUAUAUUUCAAGAUAAUCUAUUUAUUCACCCAUCCAAUUAUCACCCAUCAUCGAUCUAUGAUUAUUUCUGAGUCUUCCAACAACAUGCAGCUGCAAGAUGGUAAUGCUAGUAGUGUUGGUAAUGUGAUGAACAACCUAGCACAAGUUAUGGCAGCCUCCAUUGUUGGAUUGAUCGGCGAGAAUUCAGUGAUGGUAGACCAGCAGAAGAUCGUUCCUUACUUACAUCAAACGGAGUCAGGCCGUGUUGCAAAGCUUGAGAUUUUCUCUCACUAUGUUGCUAGGCAAAUGGGAUUUGUAGAUGCCAGUGAAGUUCCAGAGCUGUGCAGAUUGGCACAGGACUACUUGAGAAAUUCAGAAGGGUGUAAAGAAAGUAUAUAUCAAUAUUUAGCCAAUGGAGAGGACCCUAAUGCACUAUAUGCAAAAUUGAUUGAUGUGUUUGAAAGAUGCAUCCUAAGUUAUUUUGCAUUUCAUUGGAACCGGGCUUCAUUUAUCAUUAGUCAGGUAUUAAGUACUCAGUCUCAACCGAAAAUAAAUCUCAAAAAUAUUCUUUUGGAAGCCACAAGGGAACAUAGGUUUGAGAGAAUAACAAAGAAACUAAAGGUGGCAAGAGUGUUCUCUACAUUGGUUGAAGAGAUUAAAGCAAUAAAGGGCAACUCUCAAAGUAGUGAUGUCAAGGUCUCCAUUGUCCACAGUGAGAGGAGUCCAGUGUUGCUGCUUAUGGGUGGAGGCAUGGGAUCUGGAAAAAGCACUGUUCUUAAAGACAUUCUUAGAGAAUCAUUUUGGUCAGAAGCUGCUUCAAAUGUCGUGGUCGUUGAAGCAGAUUCUUUUAAGGAGAGUGAUGUGAUAUAUAGAGCUCUUAACUCUAAGGGUCGCCAUGAUGAAAUGCUUCAAAGUGCUGAACUGGUGCAUCAGUCUUCCACUGAUGCUGCAUCUUCUCUGCUAGUGACAGCUUUAAAUAAGGGGCGAGAUGUGAUCAUGGAUGGUACCUUAGCAUGGGAACCUUUCCUAGAGCAAACUAUUGCUAUGGCAAGAAAUGUUCACAACAAUACGUAUCGAAUGGGGUCAGGAUAUAAAGAAGCUAAAGAUGGGACAAUCACUGAAAAUUACUGGGAGCAAGUAAAUGUGCCAGUAGAAGAACACCAACCAGAGGAUAAUUAUAGAGCGGAACAGCACACUCGUAAGCCUUACAAAAUUGUUCUAGUUGGUGUGGUUUGUGAUGCCUAUCUUGCUGUCGUUAGAGGCAUUAGGAGAGCUAUUGUGACAAAGAGGGCAGUGAGGGUAAAAUCACAAUUGGAAUCUCACAAAAAAUUUGCUAAUGCCUUUCCAAGAUAUUGCAAACUUGUUGACAGUGCUACGCUCUAUUGCACAAAUGUUGUUGGUGGUCCACCAAAGAUAAUAGAGUGGAAGAAUGAUUCUAACAACAUGCGAGCGGAUCCUGAAGUUCUCAAAUUGUUGAAUACGAUAAGCAAUGUGAAUACUGAAGCAGUUUCCAUCUACGAAUUAUAUAAUGAAUACAACUAUACUGUCAGAUCCGGUUCAGUUUGGAAUGACAUUGUUCUUUCUCCUUCAAGGUCAAAUGAUAAGAAAGAAUUAAGGGAAUCCAUUCAGAAAAUAGAAAAAUCCAUUAGAAAAUAAUAACUACUUCCUUCGUCCCUUUAUAUACUAUACGUCAUGAGAAAAGUGGUUAAGGUCUUUAUAAAAAGGGGUGGAGGGAAUAGUUGUUUUCUUAUGGACUUUUCACAAGAAGAAUUGUUGGUGUAAUUGAUGUACAUAUUUUGUAUCUAACUUUACUAAACUGCCUGUUGUAUAUAAAUGUAUUCAAUAUUUUUUGUAAAAAAAGAUCAAUGAGAAAAAGAAAUAUAUAUUAACAUUGACAAUGUAA